CCGGACUACUUCCGCGGCGCUGCCACGCACGCGGGCCACGCACGCGGCCCCGCCCCGCGUCACAGCUGUUCCCCGCCGCUCUGCGCAGAUGGCGGGCUGAUCCUCGGGCUGGUUCCCGUGGCUGUCGCGGGGGGGAGGGUAGGGGGACCGGGUGGGGAAGGAGACUUGGGACGCUUGCGACUGACAUUUCAGUUGCCUAAAUCGAGCUUCACCUCCCCAGUCCUUCCAGGAAGAAUGGCAGUAACCCAGCACGGAUUGGGGACCCGGUCAGGCAUCCCAAAAUGAGGGAGAUAAUACAAACAGAUGUAAAGACCCACUAACAACAUGUGUGAACCCGUCUACAAAGCUGGGUCAGGAUAUGAGGUGCGAAGAAUCCGGUUUCAAUCAAGUGGUGUAUCAAAAAAAGAUGCCAUCUCAGCAUUGGUUUACGUUUAUUUUCCACUGACCCAGUGGGUGAAGAUAUCCUUGAUUACUCCACCUGAAAAUGUUCCAGGUCACCCGAUGUUACAUCACCAGAUUAAGAAAUAUGGAGAUCUCAAUGAGGAUUUGGAGAAAAGUCCCAAUAGUUAUUAAAAUUCUGGAAUAGAUCUCUUAGGAAAGGUAGAUGGACUAUAAGGCACUUGCCCAACAAACUGCUCAAGACGUUUUAAGUUACGGUCAAGAUACAUCGGGCUGGAAAGUGGUUAAAACUUCAAAAAAAAUAACCGUUUCCAGCAAGGCUUCCAAAAAAUUCCAUGGAAAUCUAUAUCGUGUUGAAGGAAUAAUUCCAGAAUCAACAUGUAAACUCUCUGAUUUCCUCUACAAACCUGAAAACAGAGUUACAUGGGAUAAAUCACUGAAGGUGUACAAUAUGGUGCAAAAGAUUGAUCCGGACACAUUCAUAUGUCAUAGCAUUACACAGAGUUUUGCUAUGGGCUCAAUUUCCCCCCGAGACUUUAUCGACUUAGUGUACUUCAAGCGCUACGAAGGGAAUGUGAAUGUUAUCAGUUCUAAAAGUGUGGACUUUCCAGCAUAUCCUCCAUCUUCAAAUUAUAUCCGUGGUUACAACCAUGCUUGUGGCUAUAUAUGUUCACCUCUGCAAGAGAACCCAGCACAUUCCAAAUUAGUGAUGUUUGUCCAGACAGACAUGAGAGGAAAACUGUCCCCAUCAGUAAUUGAAGCAACCAUGCCUUCCAAUUUAGUAAGCUUCAUCCUCAAUGCAAAGGAUGGAAUAAAGACACACAAAGCUACAGUAGGACGCGGAUGUCAUCAUAAUGGUCAUUCAUCACCCCUAAAGAAGAAAUGAGGCCAUUUAAGAUCAUGUGUGGCAGUUCCUGCAGUUUACUUCUAAGUCCAUAAGCAUAAAUACUGUGAAAAUAUUCCAGACAGUAUUCUUGUGCAAAUUACUGAAGGUACUUUGUGAAAAUAAGAACUCAUAAUUGUAUAAAAGAACAGCAUUAAAUAGUUUUUAAUCACAUAUAAGAAUAAUGAUAAAUAACAGAUGUUCUUAAUUCUCUGUCAUCUUUUGCUUUUUUUCCCUCGGAAAAUGCUCUGCAAAAGAAUCAUUGAAAAAGCAUAUUCAGUCAGAGGUCAGCAUUAAUUAAAGAUUAAAAUAUAUUUUAAAUUGUU